UAUUUAAAUAUUUUUUCUAUUUAUUUUCUUUUUAAUCCGAAGCAAUAGUGGAUUUUGGAUGCCAAUGACCUAACUGAUGCUCUUCUACAGCUUUCUGACGGUGAAGUGGAGGCGACAGGGGACAGAUUAUUAUUUGAUGAUGUCCGAUCGGUAUUCUGUGACGAGAGCGAACUCAUUAAAUCGAAGCUAUAUACACUGAAAUCUCAUCUAAGCGCAAAGUGCUGCCUGAUUCCAAUCAUAUAAUCGAACUACUGAAGUGGGCAACGAUGCGGACAAGAUUUGCAUAGUUGAAUCACGUAACAGAUUCAAGGAUACUGAAGAGGAUCGAGUACAAACUAGAUGCUUAAGUGCACUCAGAUUAGAUUCUGAUUUUAUAGUAAUCGAUUUUUUUGGUACGAUAAAUGAGUCACGCUUAUAUUUAUUUUUUCCUAUUCGUGCGAUGGGGGAGAAGAAUCUAAUUUAUUCGAAGAAAUUCGCCGUGUAAAAUUCAGAGGGUUUGAACAUACGCGAUCUGAGAAGUAAUUGAAACGCGUGUUGGUGCUGUUUUAUUUACUUUCAAUUCUACAGAUAUACCGCCUCCCAUUUUUUAAACAUCUUAUUUUACAAAAACUGCAUGUAUGUCCAUUUCAACUACAAUUUACACGACGAUUUCGCGCAAGAUUCGUGUCCGUAAUAGAGUGAUCGUCAUUUACAUAACGAUUGUUUCCUUUAUUUAUUACAUUUGUAACAUGAGAUGAAAUGAAAUUGAUCGGAUUCAGAGUCGUCGAUUGGAAUAACUUCGACUCAUACCAAUACAUAAUAUAUUUAACGACAGUAGCCGUAUUGAAAAAGCGGUUUUCGGGUGUGGCCACGGUAUUAUGAUGAUCGCAUGUCAUUUAAUUUUUUUAUACUCUUUCUAGUUAUUCGAUUACCAUUAUAAAGAGCCUAUUUUUACGAUAUGCGAUUUGACAAACAGUUAUACUUACACAUAGUUUUUUUUGGUCAAUUUACGCUCACCACAUACUUAUAUACCAAAGGAUUCGCACUCGUGUGUGUUUAGAUCAAUAUUUCGUUCCUAAUCAUCCAUAAUCUGAUAAGCCUCCCGCGCGCGGUGUUAAUAUAAUUGGUCCGUAUUCAAAUUAUAAAAUAAAUCUGGUACAUGCUAGUGCCUUUUUUGAAUUCGUUCACUUUUUAAUUCGUUGAUGUUUUAUUUCAUCUAUAUUGAUCUUUUCGCAAUGCAACUAGUUCUGAGCUUAAAAGAAAACGCUGAAGGGUCCUCAAAAUUCUCAUGUUAUAGUAACCCUUCUAAAUUUUGAAUUCGCUGAAAAAGAGUAGAAAUAAUUAACAAUUAAAAAAAAAACAAUGUCAGGAGAUGAAAAAAGAGAUGAUUAGGAGCCUAAAACGUCGAAUGAUCAUUUCUUUAUACAUUCUUCUCUCUUUGUUGCAGUAGGCGAAAUGCAUCUUCUCAAUUAUUCGAUGACUCUCAACUUCUUGGGCCGAAAUUUGUGCGACGUGGGCCUCGCCGAUGUCUCUGGAUAUGAGGAGAUGAUUGCGGUGCGGUGGCGGAGUUUUGAGGCGGACGCACGAUCAUCACCGCUCGAUCGAUUGCUCCAAAGUUAUGUAUCGCUCGAAUGAUAAUUGACGAUAACCCUAUGCACUGUGAGAAGUUACAAGAUCCGAAGUCAAGAGCCGUUUUUCCAAGGAGAUGCAGAAGUUUGACGAAUGAAUGACACGCGCCAUCGUCCUUGGAAGAAGAAAAUUCCUGCAUGAACUGCAAAGCACACUACCUGCAUCAGAAAUACAGAGAAUGGCAAAUAAGGAUAAUAAGCUAAGAGUCGUUGGCUUUAUGAAGAUGUCCAAAGCAAAAAAGAACGAUAAAGAAAGGAUGCUAAUAAGCUGGAGCAAAAUAAAUGCAAACCUGUUGCCGUUACACUCCGGUGCAAGAACUGCUGCAAUUUUACGAUCCGCGCUGCACAAGUUCUUCGGCGUUCAAAACUUGAGAUUCAGUUAUGAGCUGGUUCAGCUUGGCCCUUUUGGGCAUCACCGCUCUAACAGUUGCUACCCCAUUUCGUAUAACAAAUGAGAGACAAAGGCACAUACCACCAGCUGAUGCUUUAUCGUUUCAACGAAGCGCUGUUGAGAGACCUCCAGAGGUUGCAAGAAAAAUAACUGAUCAAUCAGAGUAUGGAUCAAAACAAUUACCAUUGCGAACUGCAGUUGAAGCUCCACCAGAUAUAAUAGGAUCGAAAUCUCUGCCUCUCCGGGAAGCUGUUGAAAGUAUCCCACCAGAAUUAACACGAAAGGUUCCACUACGUGAAGCUGUGGAAUAUCGAGUGGCACCAUUUUUUGGUGGAUUGGAUCACGAUUCUAUUUGGAUUGAGCGUUUGACACCACCGUUUCUUCGUCACACACAAUAUCAGACAAAUGUCAUCUGUCAUCUAGAAGCCAGGGCUGCGUACAGACAGGAACCCUUUGCCUUGUUGCCUCAAUCUUUACCUGAUCGAAAAUGCACUCAUUUGAUUUAUGGUGCUGCUACUUUGGAUCCCCACGAAUUGACCUUGAUCCCCCAAGACCCGGAAUACGAUGAAAUUAAAGGUGGUUACAAAGCAGCAUUGGGAUUGAAGCUAAGAGAUCCAGCGCUCCGAAUCCUGAUAUCGAUUACUUCGCCAGAUAGUGGCAGGUUGUUCAGAGAGCUGGUACACGGGCAUACGUGUUGUCAGAACUUCGUUCAAUCCAUUUUAAGUUUCUUGAAAGCGUAUAAGUUUGAUGGAAUAGAAAUAGACUGGGACGCUGCAUCUAAUGCAGAGAUGAAAAUGCUUCUGAGAGAGCUUUACGAACCGAUGAAAGAACGAGAUCUAAUGGUGGUUGUGGCUAUCAGGCCAAAUGAUCAAGUAGAUCCCGAAAUUUCGGAAAUGUCGGACCUGCUGAUCUUUAGAUCGUGGCGAAAUGACUGGUCUAAUGUCGCUGCACAUCCAGCUCCACUAAAAUUUCUAGAAAAAAUGGUAGAUAAGUGGAUCAAGGGUGGUGCAGAUAGCGAUAAAAUUAUUCUCGGCAUUCCGUUAUUUGGUAAUAGUUAUACUCUGAAAUUGGAAAAUUCUACCGAAGUUGGAUCACCGAUUUCUGGCUUGGGAUUGCCUGGGCGAUACACAGGUCGUCGUGGAGUUCUAGCUUACUAUGAGAUUUGUGAGAAAAUAGAAGAUGGUUGGCUCUAUGGAAGAGAUGAAGAAGGUUCGUAUGUGAGAUAUGGAGACCAGUGGGUAGGGUAUGACGAUCCAAUAUCGGUAAAAUUGAAGAUGGCGUACAUUCAAACCAAGGGUCUUGGUGGAGUAUCGCUGUGGGCUCUGGAUUUAGACGACUUUCAGGGACUGUGUGGCACUCCAUGGCCAAUAGUGACGGCCGCUACCAAGUCUUUUGGAUCGUACAAUCCAAACUUGAGAGAAUGUUAUGAAGAAGGAUUAUUCAGUGAUCCUAACGAUUGCUCAGGGUUUACGUCCUGCGAUAAUGGUGAACUGUAUCAUGGUAGCUGCGGUUUUGGCAGAUUUUUUGAUUCUGUAACAGGACUUUGCGUCAAAGCAUCUCCACAGAUUUGUAUCCCUGGUCAAUCUCUACGCAUAUCCCAGCCAAACUUGGAUUAUGAGCGAUUUCGUGAAACCGAGGAAGUAGAGAGCUUAGAAUUGAAGGAGAACAGUCCUCGUGUUGUGUGCUAUCUUACCUCAUGGGCUCUAUAUAGAAAAGGCGAAGGGAAAUUUGUGCCAGAACAUUUAGAUUCAAGACUGUGCACAGACGUGGUAUAUGCCUUUGCUGGACUCAACCCUAACACAUUAAAUAUUCAACCAUUCGAUCCAUGGGCGGAUAUAGAAAAUAAUCUGUAUCAAAGAGUGACGUCAAUCCCAGGCCCAAGGGUAAUUUUGGCAGUGGGAGGCUGGACGGACAGUUCUGGUGAUAAAUAUUCUCGUUUGGUUAGUAGCGGAGCAUUGCGUAGAAAGUUUGUUGCAUCAGCAAUAAGCUUCCUCAGGCGACACAACUUUGAUGGUUUAUCAAUAGAAUGGAAUUACCCUCGUUGCUGGCAAAGUGAUUGCAAGAGAGGCUUAGAAUCUGACAAACCAAAUUUCACCAAGUUGAUAAAAGAAUUACGAGACGAAUUUAACAAACAAGUACCAAAGUUGACACUAGCUGUCAGUAUAUCCGGGUACAAGGAAGUCAUAGACAAAGCAUAUGAGAUUGAAGAAAUAUCAGAUUUGGUAGACUUCAUGUCCGUUAUGUCUUACGAUUAUCAUGGUGCAUGGGAGACUAAGACAGGUCAUCUGGCUCCCUUGUACAGACAGAAAGGGGACAACUUCAUUCACUACAAUAUUAAUUACACGAUGGAAUACCUGGUGAGUCUUGGAGCAGCAAGGUCUAAGCUUUUGGUUGGAAUACCGUUUUAUGGUCAGGCGUACAGACUUGCCGAUGCUGCUCAAUCGGAUUUGGGAGACCCAGCUGCCGGACCAGGAACUCCAGGCGAAUUUACAAGGCAGCCAGGAAUGUUGUCGUAUUACGAAAUCUGCCAUAGAUUGCAAAAACAAAGGUGGCAUCCUGGACCAGGGCCAAGCGCGCAUUACAAAGACCAGUGGGUUGGCUAUGACGAUAUAGACAGCGUCAGAAUGAAGGGAGAAUAUAUUAUUGAGAAUGGUUACGGCGGAGCUGUUGCAUGGACCGUCGACUUGGAUGAUUUUACUAAUCGUUGCUGCCUUGAAUCGUUUCCGUUAUUACGAUCUCUGAAUCGUGCAUUAGGCAGGCUAGUAACACCGCCACCAGCCGAUGGUAGUUGUGAAAAACCAGUAGAGCCCGUUACUCCGAGUCCACCUACACUGACGACUCACAGUGAUGCUUAUGACGGUAAACCUCCUCCAACUCGACCUGUUGAAACUACAACUAAAAAGGCAACUACCUGGCCUACUUGGACACAAGAUACCUCGAAAAAACCUACAGUCACAACCCCGAGUUCCCCGUGGCCAAUAUGGACUAUAAAGCCAACAAAGAAGCCAGAGAUUACAAUUCAAACUACCACAAGAGAACCUCCAACUACAAUAAAACCCUCUACCACUGCAGCUCCAAUAACUACAACCGAAGGAAAAUUACCUGGUGUUUCUGCACCUGCUCCAGGCUCACAAUGUGAACCUGGACAAUAUUUGCCUGAUCCUUCAAGUUGCUCAAGAUAUUUUAGAUGCGUCUUAGGUGAAUUAAAGAACGAACAAUGUGCACCUGGAUUACACUGGCAUGCUAAGCGGGGUCUAUGUGACUGGCCGAUUACUGCUAAAUGUCAACCUGAUAAGACACCGUCUACGACGACCAUCAAGCCAUGGUUCCCUUCAAGACGUCCCACAAAGGUAACGACACCUUCAACGACUACAGAAUGGAAACAUGAAACAGAAUUUACAACAACUCGGCGACCAGAGACUCCAAAACCUACAACAACAACCACUGAAAGAAUUACUACAACGCGAAAGCCAGUAACUGUUAGGCCUGUAGAAUCUUUGCCAACCGAAUUACCAGAAACAAUUAAACACUGUGUGCAUGGGCAAUACUACUCACAACCUGGUUCAUGCAACCACUUUUUGAUAUGCGUCAACGGAGUUCUUAUAAAUCAGCAGUGCGGAUCAGGCUUGAAUUGGAAUAAUGAUAAGAAAAUGUGUGACUGGGCUUAUAAAAAUCCGUGCAAAUUCAACAACAGGAAAAAUGCUGCUCUUAAAAAAGAAUCAGAUGAAGAUGCUUGUGCUACAGGAAGGUUCGCGGCUGUACCUGGGGAUUGUGAAAGCUAUCAAGGAUGCUUGUGGGGUCAACCUGAAAUUUACCAGUGUGCUCCAGGCUUGCAUUUUAACAAAAAAACGCACCUCUGCGACUGGCCAGAGAGAGCAAACUGUGACGCCGAAUCGCAACCAGAAGCAACGACUCCUUCAAAUAAACCUGCUACCCCUAGCAAACCAAAUUGGACGACAUCGGGAGAAGUAUGGACCCAAGUUACUACUUCAAGUACAACUCCGUUGCCUUCAGCAGAAAUUGACCCAGAUAAAGUUUCACCACUAUCCGGCCAUUAUAAGAUGGUAUGUUAUUUCACUAAUUGGGCAUGGUAUCGUAGAGGUGUAGGACGUUAUCUUCCAGAGAACAUCGACCAUACUUUAUGUACGCACAUAGUGUACGGAUUUGCUGUUUUGGAUUACUCAAAUCUUGUUAUUAAGGCGCACGAUUCUUGGGCAGAUUUCGAUAACCGAUUCUACGAGCGAGUAGUAGCCUAUAAGCAGCGUGGAUUAAAAGUACUGUUAGCACUCGGAGGCUGGAACGAUUCGGCUGGUGACAAGUACAGUCGAUUGGUUAACAGUGCAGCGAACAGACAAAAAUUCAUAGAACACGCAUUGAACUUCCUUGUGAAGUAUGGAUUUGAUGGUCUAGAUUUGGACUGGGAAUACCCUGUCUGCUGGCAGGUCGAAUGCAAAAAAGGCCCAGCCUCUGAUAAGGAAGGUUUCUCAUCGUUAUUGGAGGAAUUGAGUGCUGAAUUAAAACCGAGAGGCUUAUUGCUGACAGCUGCGGUUUCUCCUAACAAAAGGGUCAUAGAUGCAGGGUAUGAUGUACCAGUCCUAGCAAAAUAUCUCGACUGGAUUGCUGUGAUGACUUACGACUUCCAUGGACAAUGGGAUAAGAAAACUGGACACGCCUCACCCCUGUAUUAUCAUCCGGACGAUGAAGUUUAUUUCUUCAAUGCAAACUAUUCCAUCAAUUACUGGAUAUCCAAAGGAGCACCACCCAGAAAUAUUGUUAUGGGUAUGCCGUUAUACGGACAGUCCUUCACUGUAAACGAUCCGAAAGCAGGGCUAGGCCUAAAUGCACCAGCAAGUGCAGGUAACGCAGGAGAGUUCACUAGAGCAGCUGGAUUUUUAUCGUACUAUGAAAUUUGUGACCGAAUCCACAACCGGGGGUGGACCGUCGUUCAGGACCCUCAGCGGCGCAUGGGACCUUACGCGUACAAAGGAAGUCAAUGGGUCAGUUUCGACGAUGCCGAUAUGCUAAGGCAAAAGGCACAGUAUGUCCGAGAUAUGAAUCUUGGUGGUGGCAUGGUUUGGGCGCUCGACCUUGACGACUUUAGGGGUCGAUGUGGAGAAGGACCACAUCCUUUACUGCAUACUCUUCAACAAGUGCUAGCGGAUCCUCCAAACAAACACGAUCGACCUAUUCGACCACCGGCUUUCGGUGAGGAACUUCAGUGGGAAAUCCCUAAGGAACCGGAAGAUACCGCAGAACUUGAGGUGAACACAGGAUCAGCGGAACCGCUUCAGGCAGCUGGAGAUGAAUUCAAAGUCGUGUGUUACUUCACAAAUUGGGCUUGGUACAGACAAGAAGGAGGAAAAUUCCUACCCGAAGAUAUCGAUCCAGAUUUGUGUACGCAUAUUAUUUACGGAUUCGCAGUCCUCGACACAACAAGUUUAACCAUCAAGCCACAUGAUUCUUGGGCUGAUCUUGAUAACAAAUUUUAUGACAGAGUCCUAGCUUUUAAAGCUCGUGGAAUCAAAGUAUUGAUAGCUAUCGGAGGGUGGAACGAUUCUGCUGGAGAUAAGUACAGUCGUCUGGCAAAUUCUCCUACCGCCAGAGCACGAUUUGCAACCCACGUCACGCAAUUUAUUCAAAAAUAUGGCUUUGAUGGAUUGGACUUGGACUGGGAAUAUCCAGUGUGUUGGCAGGUGGAUUGCACAAAGGGCCCAUCAUCCGACAAAGAAAGUUUCAGUAUGCUCAUCAAGGAGCUGAGUGCUAUUUUCAAACCUAAAGGACUUUUGUUAUCGUCAGCUGUAUCUCCGAACAAACGUGUCAUCGAUGCAGGAUAUGAUGUUCCUGUUCUAGCAAAAUACCUAGAUUGGAUUGCCGUCAUGACGUACGACUACCAUGGGCAAUGGGAUAAGAAAACCGGACACAACGCGCCUUUCUAUGAACGACCAGAUGACUGGGAGCCGACAUUUAAUGCUAAUUUCACAAUCCAUUAUUGGAUCGAAAAAGGUGCACCUCCUAAAAAAUUAGUAAUGGGUAUUCCUCUCUAUGGUCAAUCAUUCUCGCUGGCAGAGAGCAAAGAGAGAGGUCUCAAUGUACCAACAUACGGUGGCGGUGAAGCAGGUGAAGCAACAAGAGCAAGAGGAUUCCUCUCAUACUAUGAGAUAUGUGCAAGAGCAAAUCAACGUGCGUGGACAGUCAUUCAGGACCCAUUGAGGAGAAUCGGGCCCUAUGCUUACAAAGGGGAUCAAUGGGUCAGCUUUGAUGAUGCAACACAAAUCAGACUCAAAUCUGAAUUUGCUAAGAAUCUUGGUUUGGGUGGGGGGAUGGUCUGGGCUCUCGACUUGGAUGAUUUUAAAAAUGAGUGUGGCUGUGAGCCAUACCCAUUACUGAGGACGAUCAAUCGAGUCUUGAGAAACUAUCCAGAAGGGCCCACAUGUUUAGUCACAGAUUUAAUUCAAGCAGAGGAACCACCUUCAGUUACAUCACCCCCAACAUCAUCGCCACAGCCUGUUUAUGUUACCACCAACCCAACAAUACGUCCGACUAAACCAGCUGCUACAACAUCCCGACCAGUUCAUGUGACAGUACCUGAAAUCGAAGAUACAAUCGAGAUUGACGCUGGUCCGCCACCAGCUGCUAUUCCAUCCAUCAGUGAUUGCGAAGGCCGGAUGUAUAUUCCCCAUAAGACAGACUGCUCUAAAUAUUAUGUCUGCAAUUUUGGACAUUUGACCGAACAGUCUUGUUCUGGUGGACUACAUUGGAACAAGGAUCGUUGCGAUUGGCCAGAAAACACGAAGUGCAAAAAAUCACAACAAAUAUCUGUGAUCGAAACCAAUAUACCAGGGGAACCCGAAGAGCCAUCGGUUAUAUCAGAAAGCCCUGUAGACCCAGACAUCUUGAUUGAAGAACCUGAUCCGGAUGAACCGGAAGUUCCAAGCAUUUCUGAUAGGCCAAAUUUGGGAGACAAAAAGCUCGUUUGCUACUUUACAAAUUGGGCUUGGUAUAGACCCGGGGUGGGCAAAUACCUCCCAGAAGACAUCGACACCAAUCUUUGCACACAUAUUGUCUAUGGUUUUGCUGUAUUAGAUACGGACGGAUUGACAAUUAAGACCCACGACUCUUGGGCAGAUAUUGACAACGAAUUUUACCGCAAAGUCACGUCUUUAAAAUCAAGGGGAAUCAAAACACUGAUAGCACUCGGGGGCUGGAAUGAUUCCGAAGGAGAUAAAUACAGCCGAUUAGUCAACAGCCGUAAUGCGAGAAGAAAAUUCAUUACUCACGUUUACAACUUCAUAACAAAAUACAAUUUUGACGGACUUGAUUUGGACUGGGAAUAUCCCGUGUGUUGGCAGGUCGACUGUAACCGUGGCCCAUCUUCUGACAAGGAAGGUUUUGCAUUACUACUUGAAGAAUUGAGCAACGAAUUCAGGCCUAAAGGACUUCUAUUGUCCUCAGCUGUUUCCGCAAGCAAAAGAGUGAUAGAUGCUGGCUAUGACGUGCCAGCAUUAGCCAAAUAUUUAGACUGGAUUGCUGUGAUGGCAUAUGAUUACCACGGACACUGGGAACGUAAAACUGGACAUGUUGCUCCACUGUUUUAUUACCCAGGUGACGAAUUUGAUUACUUCAAUGCCAAUUUCUCAAUUAAUUACUGGAUACAAAAAGGCGCACCUCCAUCCAGUCUUGUAUUGGGUGUACCAUUAUAUGGACAAAGUUUUACACUGGCUACUGUAUCUAACCGUGGAUUGCAAGCAGUUGCCUCUGGACCAGGCAGAGCUGGAGAAUUCACACGAGCUGGUGGUUUCCUUGCAUUUUAUGAGAUAUGUCACAAAGUGAAAAAUGGUCACUGGACAGUGGUUAAGGACUACGAGGGACGCUUGGGACCAUAUGCUACAUCUGGAGAUCAAUGGGUAGGCUUUGACGAUGUGUCUGAUAUCGCGAGAAAGGCAAACUUGAUACGAGAUUUGGGACUUGGGGGUGGAAUGGUAUGGGCUUUGGAUCUUGAUGACUUCACGAAUAGAUGUGGAUGUGGAAAGUACCCACUUCUGACUACACUAAACCGUGGCUUACAGGGUAACACGUAUCAAGCGAUUGAUUGCAUUUAAUCAAACUCAUAAUCCUAAUGUGCAAUAGAUCUUAUUACUCCAAUGUCACUAUACAAGGCUCAAGCUCUACAUACGUACAUGCAGAGCGUAUGGAUCCUUGAUAAAACGAUUUACUUCUAUGUAAUGAACUUCAUUUUCAAUUGUUCGAAUCAUAAUACGGACCAUAUGGCAUUCGUAAUAUCAAGUCGACAAUAAUGAUUAAAAAUGACUUCGAUUUAUGGCAAGAUUUGCUACUCUCAAAUAAAUUCUUCCAAGUGACAUGGUUUGAAUUGCUCAAAUUAUAUGUAACAUUUAUGUAUGAACUAAUCGUCAUGUCACCUGUGAAGAUUCCGUGCGUGUUAUGUAUUUUUAAUCGCACCGAAUAAAUAAGUAGAUAUAGGAACUCUUUGAUUCCAUAUGCAUUGUAGGUAAUUUGUAUAGUACUCAAUAAAGGACUGCUAUUAGUA